AUGAAGCGUAGAAUCCGUGCCAAAGUUUGGUGGCCAUUAGUAGACAGAGAGGUGGAAAAAUUUGUGAAACAAUGCCGAGAUUGCCUACUGGUAUCCCAAUCGACCAGGCCGGUACCGAUGAAAAGACAUAAAUUUCCGAAUGAACCUUGGCAAUGUCUCGCAACAGAUCUAGUGGGACCCCUGCCAAACCAUAAUUUUGUGCUAGUAGUAAUAGAUUAUUACUCUCGCUAUGUCGAAGUCGCGUUCUUGAGAAAGAUCACAUCAGAAACCAUCAUAAACUCUCUAGAAGCCAUGUUCGCAAGGCUGGGAAUACCGAAAUCGCUGAGGGCCGACAACGGUCGUCAAUUCGUCAAUGAGGAGUUCCGGAAAUUCUGCCAGAGGAACGACAAACUAAUAACUUCGCCCCUAUAUUGGCCACAAGCAAAUGUUUUUACUAGCACACAACGUAACGCCUCACGGAACAACGGGGAUAACACCAUCGGAACUCAUAUGCGGCCGAAUGAUCAGAGACAGCAUCCCUACUUGAAGACCUAUCAGAAAAUCAAAUCAAGUCGGGAGCUAGAGACAUGGACUGCAUAA